UGGUUCCUUCUUCCAGUCAAUAAAAGCCGAUAUCUCGCCUACGUCUCAGUGUGAGUUAUUGAUGGUGCAUCAAUUUUAUUGACUGGAAGUUUUAAAACAUGGAACCCGUUUUGCGUCCGGACCGGUUGGAUUUGGACCCUCAAGACCCUGACGCGGCUCUCGCUUUUGAACACUGGCUUGCAUGCUUCCAAUCGUACUUGGCGGAGCUUCGUGCGACUGAACCCGCCGUUAUGCACAGAAUCCUACUCUCGAGGGUCUCCUCCAAAGUUUACUCCUUUAUCCGGGACCUGCCGACCUACGAAGGGGCACUGGACGCCCUCAAACGACAGUACCUGCGGCCGGUGAACACCGUCUACGCAAGACAUCGCUUAGCUACCCGGCAACAGCGGCCUGGCGAAUCGUGCGCUGAGUUUCUCCGAGCACUACAGACACUCGUCCGAGCUUGUGACUGCAAGACGCUCACGGCAGAACAGCAUGCGGAGCUGCUGGUGCGAGACGCCUUUGUGACGGGACUGAGGUCAGUGUACAUGCGCCAGCGGCUGCUGGAGAACUCGGAUCUUACCUUAAGCUCGGCGAUAGAGAAGGCCAACGCUCUAGAAGCUGCGCGGCAUAACGCCGACGCUGUCCAGUCGCGCGAUUCCCCGCCGGUUUCGUGGACGCCUCAGACCCCGCCACCGCCGGCUCCCGGAAGCGAAUUCGCCAACGCCGCCGCCAGUCGCCAUUCCACGAGCUCCCCGACCCAGACCACGGCUGUGGCCCGUAAGAAACUCGUGCCUUGUUAUUUCUGUGGCCAAAAGAAACAUCCUCGACAACGCUGUCCAGCGCGAGAAGCGACCUGCUCCAGCUGCGGAAAGCGGGGCCACUUCGCCAAGGUCUGUAAGUCUCAACCUCGAGCGGAGUGCAGCGCUGCGGGUGAAACGUGGGGGCCGCCAUCUUGCAUGCCGGGAUGUGGGCGGCCAUCUUUGUCGACGUCAGCACGCCCCGCCCCCGAUCCUCGGAUGCUGACCGGGUACCCCGGAUGUGAGCGGCCAUCUUUGUCGGCGUCAGCAUGCCCCGCCCCCGACCCUCCGAUGCUGACCGGGUACCCCGACGAUCCAACUCUGGCCACUGUGACUCUCGACCAAAGCGCCCCACACCAGCUUGCAAGAUCCAUGAUGGACAUCCAGGUGGAGGGGCAUUGGACUGGAUGCCUGUUUGACACGGGCAGCACUGGGAGUUUUAUUCACCCGGACACGGUGCAACGCUGCAGAAUCGCAACGCGGCCGGUCAGUCGGAGGUUCCAUUUGGCCUCUGGGUCGCAGUCCGCAGACAUCCGGGCGGGUUGUGUAGCGACUUUGGUGGUGCAAGGCACAGUAUAUCGGGACUUUGAACUGCUGGUCAUGCCUAAUCUGUGUGCACCUGUGCUAUUGGGGCUGGACUUCCAGAGCCAUCUCAAAAGUGUGACUAUGGUAUACGACGGGCCCCUCCCACCACUCACUGUCAAGAAUCCUCAGUUUUGUGGGACUUCUUCACAUACCCCGCUACUGACCACACACACACACGGACACACACAUCCCAUCCAGAACCAGGCCAACAGCUGCGCUACCGACACUUGCAGCCUCUCCACUCUCAAGAUCCCUCCCCCACCGCUGUUCGCCAACCUGACCCCCGACUGUAAACCUGUGGCAACCAAAAGCAGGAGGUACAGCGCGGGGGACCGGGCCUUCAUUCAGUCGGAGGUGCAGCGGCUGCUCAGGGAGGGGAUCAUUGAGCCGAGCACAAGCCCUUGGAGGGCCCAGGUGGUUGUUGUUCGGACUGGGCAGAAAAAUAGGAUGGUGGUGGACUAUAGUCAAACCAUCAAUAGGUUUACGCAGCUUGACGCAUACCCCCUACCCCGCAUCGCGGAUAUGGUCAACCAGAUUGCUCAGUAUAAGGUGUACUCGACAAUAGAUCUGAAAUCCGCUUAUCACCAGCUCCCCAUCUGCCCAGAGGACCGCCCCUACACCGCCUUCGAGGCGGGCGGCCGGCUCUAUCACUUCCUGCGCGUCCCUUUCGGUGUCACGAAUGGUGUCUCUGUCUUCCAGAGGGAAAUGGACCGGAUGGUGGACCAGUACCAACUGCAGGCCACAUUUCCCUAUCUGGAUAACAUCACCAUCUGUGGUCAUGACAGGCCAGAUCACGACGCCAACCUCCAACGGUUUCUCCAAGUGGCCGCAGCUCUGAACCUUACUUAUAACAGGGACAAGUGUGUUUUUGGUACCACCCGCCUUGCUAUACUUGGGAAGUCUGUCACUGGGACCACCCUACCAGUUUGGCUGACGUCCCCGGGGCCAGUGCUGCUCCGGAAACAUGUGAGGAGCAAUAAAUACUCCCCGCUGGUGGAGAGGGUUCACCUUCUCCAUGCGAACCCCCAGUAUGCUUACGUGGUCUUACCUGAUGGGCGGGAGGACACGGUCUCCAUCCGCGACCUGGCACCCGCAGGUGCAGCAGACCACUACCCUGAAGGCUCUCCGGUAACUGUGAACCCUGCACCAGAGGUGACACCGUACUCACCAGGCCCUACACAGACUCCUCACGACACUUGUAUACCGGGCGUUUCGUACGCAUUUAUACCAGGCGCCUCGCACAUGCAUGAGGGUUCACCGGCGCCUAGUGGGCAAGAACACGCGCAACCCCCGUCCCCUGUGCAAUCGCCAAUGUUGCCGGCACCUAUGCGGUCACAGCCGGUGCUACGUAGAUCGCAGCGACAGAUUCGACCGCCUGAUCGGCUUGACUUGUAAGAACCUUCGCUACAUGAGGACUUUUUCAAACGAAGGGGGGGUGAAUGUGGUGAACUAUGUGCCUGUCGGGACACGCCCCUGCUGACUGCUCCUGUGGCUCCUCCCACAGGCCCCUGUAUAAAGGAGACCUGCGGCCUGAAGAUCGGCCUCAGUCUCCAGGACCUUGUAUGAUAGACACUCACUCCUGGUUCCUUCUUCCAGUCAAUAAAAGCCGAUAUCUCGCCUACGUCUCAGUGUGAGUUAUUGAUGGUGCA